AUGGCUUUGGCAGAUGGUCUUCGUAUCAUCUGGCUAGACACACAUAUUGGAGUUAUUGGAGAGUAUCAGGCUCUCAAAAAUCAGUUUCGAGCUCAUCUUCAACCCGUCGCCGCUAUGCCACCCAAUAGUAUCAAUGAGCUCAUCUGCUGCUUUGAAAAAAAUGUGGCUCCAAUCGAAUUUGUUGCCACAAAUGAAGACGCAUUAGCUUUGAUUGAGUAUGAAAAGGAUAAGCGUAUAAUUUUCAUCUCGUCUGGUAUACUCGGAAAAGAAAUCAUUCCCACGAUUGUUUCCCGAUUUCAACGCGUCGAUUCUUUCUACAUUUUCUGCGGUUAUAUGAAAGGUUUAGUCGAGUGGGCUCUUGAACAUGGCUAUGAACACAACAUGCAAAUGUUCGAUCAUGAGAAGGACCUUCUCAUUCGUCUCGUUCGUGAUACUUCGGACGCUAUUAUUAAGUUGGGACAAAGUUACAUGGAUUUGCAGGAUGGAAAAAGCGCGCUAAAAUGUUUCAUGGCUGCUGAAGAGCUGGAAAUGCAAGAGAACACUGAAAAUAUAGGCCAUCCUCCGUCUCUUGAUCGUCUUAAAAAGCUUAACGAACUCAUUCAGCAAGCGAAAGAUCUGAAAGAUCAUAAUUCGUAG